CUAUCCGACCAUAUAUUUUUAUUUGCUUUGAAGUCGAAAAUCCGAAAUUAUGGUGUGCAUAUGGUGCGAUAUAUAUGUUCAAACACGCUUCUGUCAUUCAUCCGAGGUACCAAUUUCCAGGAAACUUCAAAAUCUGAACUUUUUCGAAGACCUUCAUUUUCAGAACUAUCCAUGGCUGCGCGUAAAUGAAAAGACGAAAUGCUAAUUCAAUCAUUAUCUCAUGUAAGAGUCAUCUUUCAUCUGCAGUGCAGUUUCAUCAGUCUCAUCUCAUAUUCUUUUCACUCUGCUUCCCGUUCCUCUCGAUUCUUUCAGAGUUUGUUUUCCCCAUGAAACUGCCCCUUGAUUCAUCUUCCAUGUUUUUUCUUUUAGUACCUUUGCUGGUCUCUUUCAGUAUUCUUCCAACAUCUCUUGCCGCCGAUGAUGGCCGCUAUACCGACUGCAGAAGUAGUUCUUUUAGCUGCGGAAUCCAACAAAACCUCACAUAUCCCUUUUGGGGAGGAGAGAGAGCAGAUUAUUGUGGGUUUCCUGAUUUCCAGCUCACAUGCGAGAGCAAUAUCGCAAAGAUAACCAUAGGGGGCCUCGAAUAUCGGCUUCUUGAAUGGGUCUCGACUUCAAAUGUUCUUGUAGUGGCUAGGGAUGAUUAUUCUGACACUAUCUGUCCACGUGAUUACAUGAACAAUACGAUUGAUCCAACAAAGUUCGAGUAUGUAGAUGGUCUAAUUAAUAUGACCUUUCUCUAUGAUUGUCCUCCUAUAUCUGAAUCAUAUACUGUUAGAAACUGCCAGAGAGAUAAUGAUACAUCGACAACAGUCUACUAUGUUCCCGGACCAGUGUAUGUAAGUGGGUGCAAGAGUAGUGUUGUGCCGGUAUAUGAAGAAUACCUUAAUCAAGCUGCUUCAUCAGCUACACCCGAUCUAAUACAGGGUGUCGUAGAAAAGGGUUUUGGGUUGCAAUGGAUGGUAAAUAAUGAAGUGUGCAACACAUGCUCUCAAUCUGGUGGAGAGUGCGGCUAUGAGGGACAACAAUUCUCCUGCUUCUGCAAAGAUGGACCCCAUAAUACUACAUGUUCAGAAGGACCGCCGUCAGAAAAGAAAUCCAAAUCAAAAGUUACAACAGGCAUUAUUGCAGCUGCUGCGGCAGGAGCUUUUUUAAUUCUUCUUGGAUUAUGCCUGUUCUUUAUGGUGAGACGAAGGAAAAGAAUUGCAGAACAGUCACAAUCCAAGGACCUCUUCAUGGCUCCUUUUAGCAGAGGCGUUGCUACCUCUACAACAAAUUCGUCUCAAAGUGUCCCAUCUUACAUCACCUCAAAGACUGAAUCCAUGCAGCACAGUUUCUUCUAUGGGGUUAAGGUGUUUAGCUAUGCUGAACUAGAGGAAGCCACUAAAAAUUUUGAUCCUUCCAUGGAACUUGGUAAUGGAGGUUUCGGCACUGUUUAUUAUGGCACUCUGAAAGAUGGACGUACAGUUGCAGUGAAACGGCUUUAUGAAAGCAAUCUGAAACGUGUUGAUCAGUUCAGGAAUGAAGUUGAGAUUCUAGCUAAAUUACACCAUAAAAACCUGGUUGAACUUUAUGGAUGCACCUCUAGACAUAGCCGAGAACUUCUCCUUGUCUAUGAAUACAUUCCUAAUGGAACAGUGUCAGACCAUCUCCAAGGAAAUCGAUCAAAGUCUUCUUUGCUCCCUUGGCCUACACGAUUGAACAUCGCCAUAGAAACUGCCGACGCCCUGGCCUAUCUUCAUAGAUCAGAUAUCAUACACCGUGAUGUCAAAACCAAUAACAUUCUUCUAGACCAUAAGUUUUGCGUUAAGGUUGCUGAUUUUGGUCUUUCAAGGUUGUUCCCCAAUGAUGUUACCCAUGUGUCAACUGCUCCACAAGGAACACCUGGAUAUGUGGACCCUGAGUAUUAUCAGUGCUACCAACUCACCAAUAAAAGUGAUGUUUAUAGCUUUGGUGUCGUCCUAGUUGAGCUCAUAUCAUCCUUAGAAGCCGUGGACAUAACCAGGCACCGCCAUGACAUAAAUUUAGCCAAUCUUGCCAUCAACAGAAUUCAGAAUCAUCAAGUGCAUGAGUUGAUUGAUCCGCUUCUGGGGUUUGAAAGAGACAAUGCUAUUAAGCAGAUGACGACAGCAGUGGCGGAAUUGGCCUUUAGGUGUCUGCAGCAAGACGGUGACAUGAGACCUUCCAUGGAUGAGGUACUGGAAGUCUUGAGAGGAAUCCAAAAAGAGGGGUAUGGUAGACAGGACGAUGCGCAGAAUCAUAAGAGAGUUGAUGAAAUCAUGCUUUUGAAAGAUGCUCCUCCUCCAUUUUCACCAGACUCGGUUGCUGAUAAAUGGGUUAGCUCCUCUACUGCUUCUAGUUCCUUGUAACUUCCAUAACUUUACUAUUCAGCUAAAUGAGAUAAAGUUUAGUUUAGGUGAGAAUGAACCAAUGCACGUUGGUGUUUGCGCGGUGUGUAUAUAGUAUAUUUGGUGAUAUAACCAAAUCUUUGUGCUCGAUGUAUUAAUCUUUACCUCUUGUAUACUGUUGUUCUACAGUACUAUUUUGACAA